AUGUCUGAAGGAAGAAAAAGACCAUUCAAUGAAGAUUCUGUCAUCGAGGCAGUAUCUGAAGAAACUCAAGGGCAUACCUCGAAAAAACUCAGAAAAGAAACAAAUGCAUCUGCCCGCCGUUCAUUGUUUGUUCGUUCUUUACCUGCGACAGCUACAACAUCAGCAUUGACUGAAUUGUUUUCCGACAAUUAUCCCUUAAAGCACGCUACAGUUGUACUCGAUCCGGUCACGAAGCAAUCAAAAGGAUAUGGAUUCGUUACCUUUGCAGAUGCGGAAGAUGCUCAGAGGGCUCUGGACGAAUUCAAUGGUCAAUCAUUUCAAGGUCGCAAAAUGAAAAUUGAGAUAGCUCAGCCACGUUCCAGAGAAACGAUCGCGAAAAGUGGAGAGGAGGGAUUGCCAGUGAAAAGGAAGAGUGCAAUUGCUACUGAAGCUGCUGUCGUUAAAAAAGCUCGACAGGAGAAAUUGGCCGAAUCAAAAGCACCUCCUAAACUUAUCAUUCGAAAUCUGCCAUGGAGUGUCAAAACUCCUGAUGAAUUGGCUAAACUGUUCAUGGGUUUUGGAAAAGUUAAAUAUGCUACAUUGCCUAAAGUCAAGGGGAAGGAGGCCGGGUUUGGAUUUAUUGUUAUGCGAGGCAAGAAAAAUGCGGAAAAGGCAUUGGCUGCAGUCAACGGACGUGAGAUUGAUGGCAGACAAUUAGCUGUAGAUUGGGCUGUUGAGAAGGAUGUCUGGGAAAAGAAAAAGACUGAGGAUGCGGAUAUGAGUGAUGCGGAAAGUCGCGAGGACGAGCCCGAAGAACCAAACAACAAGGCGGACGAUGACGAUGAAGAUGUGGACGAUGAUGUUGCCAAUUUUAUGAAGAACUUUGGAGAUCAAUUAGAAUCGGAGGAUGAGAGUGAUCCUGAGGCAGUUGAAGAUAAUGAGGACGACAUUGAAGAUGAAGACGAUGAAGACGAUGAUAAUGAGGACGUGGAUGAUUUCGAAGAUAUGGAUGACGAUGAAGAGGAGGAGGAGAAGCCCAAGAAGAAUUUCAUCACCGAUAAUUCCUCGACACUCUUUAUUCGCAACCUCCCCUUUACAACUCUUGAUGCAACCUUGAAGGAACAUUUUGAACAAUUUGGCCCUGUUAGAUAUGCUCGAGUGGUCAUGGAUAAGGCAACUGAUCGUCCUAAGGGUACUGGCUUUGUUUGUUUUUACAAUGUCGAAGAUGCCGAUUCUUGUUUCCGAAACUGCCCCAAGUAUCAACCCACAGGCGCCAACGCAAUCAAGAAGGGCGAUACUCCACAAAUCAAGCACUCCCUCUUGGAACCGGAAAACGCAGAUUCAACAGGUGCUUACACCAUCGAUGGACGACUUCUUCAGAUAUCCAAGGCCGUUGAGAAGGACCAAGCAGUGAAGCUUACCGAGGAAGGAUCACAUUUCCGUGAUAACCGCGACAAAGAUAAACGAAAGCUGUACCUUCUUCAAGAGGGUACCGUGGCUAAGGGCACACCUCUCUACGAUUUACUUCCGCCUUCUGAGGUUAAAAUGCGCGAAGAUAGCGCCAUGCAAAGAAAGAAACUUAUCCAAGGCAAUCCCACUCUGCAUCUAAGUCUCACCCGUCUGGCCAUUCGUAAUAUACCCCGCAACAUCGAUUCAAAAGCACUCAAAGCUUUAGCCCGUGAAGCUGCCGUUGGAUUUGCCACAGAUGUGAAAGAAGGAAAACGCCAACAACUUUCAAAAGAGGAAUUAGCACGAGGAGGCGAGGAGAUGCGCGAAGCCGAAAAGCAAAGAAAAGCCAAAGGAAAGGGUAUCGUCCGACAAGCUAAAGUUGUAUUCGAAGGUAGAGAAGGCAAGAAAGUUAGUGAGGAGAGCGGAGCGGGAAAAUCAAGAGGAUACGGUUUCGUCGAAUACUCAAGUCACAGAUGGGCACUCAUGGGUCUUCGGUGGUUAAACGGCCACGCACUCAAAAACUCUCAAGGAAAAACACAAAGAAUGAUCGUUGAGUUCGCUAUCGAAAAUGCACAAGUCGUCUCGAGACGAAAAGAACAGGAAGAAAAAGCUCGUAAUCGUUCCAAAGAAGUUUCAGAUAAAAUUGCCAAGGGUGAAAUCCGCAAAGCCGAUGACGACCUACCCUCACAAAAAGAUAGUAAGAGACCAAGAAAUUCAUCGACAAAUGGUGCAAAUGCAACUGAAGGAAAUGACGAUGAUGGAAAAAAGAGGAGAAAAGCACAAAUUAUCCAGAAAAAGAGGAUGAUGAGGAGAAAUAGAAAGGGUGGUGCUUAG